UCAACGGACGGAGUGCGCGGUCCCGGCGGCUUGUGGCGAUCUCCAUGGAGCCGGCUUGGCGACAGCAGGGGAGAGGGCGCGGCCGGGGUCAGACGAGGGGUCAGACUCCUGGUGACUUGUUGCCAGGGCGACCCCAGAGAGAAGAAGAUGGGGUGAGGGUGGGACGAGGACGGGGCGGUUCUGCUGUGACCACACUGCCCAAAACAGAACCUCCACCCAGUAAAGUCGUGUCCUCUCAGUCCAGAUUUGACGAGAUCAGGAAGUCCAACCAGGCUGCAGCUCAGCGACUGGUGGAGAAACAGUAUGCCUCCUCGUCUGAGGAGGAGGAUGAUGAUGAUGAUGAUGACGAUGAUGUUGAAGAUGGAAGGCUUGGUAAACGAGGGACGAUCCUGCAGUCGACGCUCACUGCGUACACCAACCAGAUGGGAGGCGACGUGUCGGACUUGGAGCGAACCCGUCAGUACCUGAACGAGGCGUUCCAGUCCGGAGCCAUAACCUGCCUCAUCUGCAUCGCAUCUGUGAAGAGAACACAAGCGGUAUGGAGCUGUGUGGGAUGUUAUUGUAUUUUCCACAUCCCGUGUAUUCAGAAGUGGGCCAAAGACUCCAUCUUCUUGGUUUCCUCGGUAACAGACGAGGAUUUUGGGAAGAAGGAACACCCCUGGCCGUGUCCUAAGUGUAGGUAUGAGUACUCUCCUCAUCAGACUCCAUGUCGUUAUUAUUGUUACUGCGGUAAAGAGGUUGACCCCGCCCCUGACCCCUGGCUCCUCCCACAUUCCUGUGGACAGGUGUGUGACAGGGAGUUCAAACCGUCCUGCGGACACCGCUGCCUGCUGCUGUGCCAUCCAGGCCCGUGUCCCCCGUGUCCGAAGAUGGUGAGCGUGUCGUGUCUGUGUGGGAAAGCGGCUCCGGUUCCUCGGCGCUGCAGUAAUAAAGGCUGGAACUGCGGUAAAACCUGCGGCCGCACGCUGCCCUGCAGGAUCCACACCUGCACACACACCUGUCACGCAGGUGUGUGUGAGCCGUGUCCCAGGGUCAGUGUACAGAAGUGUGUGUGUGGGAGGAGAUCAGCGGAGCGUCAGUGUGCCAGUCCACUGUGGCACUGCGACCAGGUGUGCGGGCGUCCAUUGCCGUGUGGGAAUCACACGUGUGAGCGCGUGUGUCACGCGGGUGCGUGUGGAGAGUGUCCUCGCGCGGGGAACCGGACCUGCCCCUGCGGGAAGAGCAAGUGCGCUCUGCCGUGUACGGCUGAUGUUCCCACCUGUGGGGACACCUGUGAUAAGAAGCUGGACUGUGGGUUACACAGCUGCUCCAUGCGCUGCCAUAAAGGACCCUGUGAAACCUGCCGACAGGAGGUGGAGAAACAGUGUCGCUGUGGGCGCUACACUAAACGCAUGCCGUGCCAUAAGGAGUGUCUGUGUGAGUCCAAAUGUAACAAGACACGAAGCUGCAACAGACACCAGUGCAGGAGGAAGUGCUGUCCAGGUAACUGUCCUCCCUGUGAUCUGAGCUGUGGCAGGACGCUCGGCUGCAGGAACCACAAGUGCCCGUCGGUGUGUCAUCCAGGGAGCUGUUAUCCGUGUCCGGAGGUGGUUCAGGUGAAGUGUGCGUGUGGUUCCACUUCUCUGAGUGUUCCCUGUGGGAGAGAGAAAAGCACCAAACCUCCUCGCUGCAAAGAGCUCUGCAGGAGUCCUCCAUCGUGUCAUCACCCCUCUCGAGAACGCCACAGGUGUCAUUUUGGCACAUGUCCGGUCUGUAAGCAGGUGUGCCAGCUGCCCUUACCUGGCUGUACACACCUGUGCCCAGCGCCGUGUCACGACCAGGUGCUGCUCAAAUCCAACCAGCGGGCUCCGUUAGCUGGUCCGUGGGAGCAGCCAGCAGCUCCAGCGUUUGAGUGUAAGGCUCUGCCCUGCCCUCCCUGCCAGGUCCCCAUACCAACGGCCUGCCUGGGGGAACACGAGGUGAGCCCAGUCCUGUGUCACGCUCAAGGGCCGUUCUCAUGCGGCCGGCUGUGCGGACGAACUUUGACCUGCGGUAACCACAGCUGCAGCCUGGAGUGUCACUCAGUGACCCCUGACCCCAAAAUAGAGAAGACAGAGGCUGGUAAGGAGUGUGAGCAGUGUGAAGAGACUUGCUCUAAGCCCCGCCCCCCCGGUUGCCCUCACCCCUGUGCCCUCCCCUGUCACCGUGGCGACUGCCCCCCCUGCACCCAGAUGAUCAGACAGCGCUGCCACUGCAAGAUCACCAACCUGUACAUCGAAUGCCUGAAGCUGACGUCGGCUGAUGAAGAGGCUGAAAAGCUGCUCACCUCCUGCAAGAACCAGUGUCCUAAACAGGUGACCCAUAUUUCUGUAUCUGUGCACAUGUUCUGUUGUUCCAGCACCUUCUACAGUGUCAGAGUCCCGGGACACGUUCUCCCCUCUCCAUCCCUCUGUCUCUCCAUCCCUCCGUCUCACUCACACCUCUUUAUCAGGCGUCAGUCAUGUGGGAGUUUUCCUUCCUCCUUUAGUCUUUAGUGUCAGUAGUAACGU